AUGGCGCUGUUUAUCUUAAUCACCGUGGCACUACUGCUAUCCGUUUUUGCGUUCUCAGCUUUCUUUGUGCUGCGAUCAUGGACUUCAUCACCGAAAAGCAUGGUGGGAAUCCCAGGCAGCUUGGGAUGGCCUAUUGUUGGAGAAAGCUUCUCAUUUAUAUCAGAGUUCUCAAGUCCAUCUGGUAUAUACAGCUUCAUGCACAAGAGGCAGCAGAGGUAUGGUAAAGUGUUCAAGACUUUUGUCUUGGGUAGAUUCAGUGUGUUCAUGACCGGGAGAGAAGCAAGUAAGAUGUUGUUAGCAGGAAGAGACGGAAUGGUAAGCUUAAACCUGUUCUACACAGGACAGCAGGUGCUAGGUCCAACCAGCUUGCUACAAACUACCGGAGAAGAGCACAAACGGCUUAGACGGCUGAUUGCUGAGCCUCUAUCGGUUGAUGGCCUAAAAAAAUAUUUUCAGUUUAUUAAUAACCUGGCAAUUGAAAUAUUAGAAGAUUGGCCUGGCCGAACUGUUUUUGUCCUUGAAGAAGCUUCUACAUUCACUCUCAAAGUUAUUGGUAACAUGAUCAUGAGCUUGGAGCCUGCAGGUGAAGAACAAGAGAAAUUCCGAGCCAAUUUUAAACUCAUUUCUUCCUCCUUUGCAUCCUUGCCAUUCAAAAUCCCUGGAACAGCUUUUCAUUCUGGUAUUCAGGCACGAGAUAGGAUGUAUGCAAUGUUAGACUCGGCAAUUUCUAAAAGGAGAAAUGGAGAAGGAUUCCAACAAGACUUCUUGGAAUCACUGAUAAUGAAACAUAGCAAACUAGCAGGCAGUGAAGAUAAUAAGGAUAAAUUGACUGACAAACAAUUGAAGGACAAUGUAUUAACUCUACUGGUUGCAGGUCAUGAUACCACAACUGCUGCUCUCACAUGGCUCAUCAAGUUCCUUGGAGAAAAUCCUGUUGUCCUGGAACAACUAAGAGAUGAGCACAGACAAAUUCAAGCAAACCGCGAUGGAGUCAAUCUAACUUGGUCCGAAGUUAACAACAUGCCUUACACCGCCAAGGUAAUCAGCGAAACUCUUCGAAGAGCCACUAUUUUACCUUGGUUUUCAAGAAAGGCUGCCCAGAAUUUUGAGAUUGAUGGAUAUAAAAUAGAGAAAGGUUGGUCUAUUAAUUUGGAUGUUGUCUCUAUUCAUCAUGAUCCAGAAGUUUUUCCCGAUCCUGAAAAGUUUGAUCCCUCCAGGUUUGAUGAAUCUCUGAAGCCUUUUACCUUUCUUGGAUUUGGUAGCGGACAGCGUAUGUGCCCUGGAAUCAAUUUGGCCAAACUUGAAAUCUCAGUUUUCAUUCAUCACCUGGUCUGCAAAUACAAGUGGAAGCCUCUGGAAAAAGAUGACUCAGUCCAGCCAACACUAGUAAGAAUGCCAAAGAACAAGUAUCCGAUUGUAGCCGAGCCACUUUAG